CUUCCGAUCGCUGCUCCGUGUACAAUCGCUGUGAAAAGAGGAAAAUUCUUCCCAAUUUCACGAAUAAACGAGGUUGAAACCACGAGAAAAAGGAUUCUAAUUCCUUUUGUAACACGUUGGGAGCCAAUCAACUGUAGAGAGCGUGCCAGAAAUCUUCGACCGACAUCCGGGAAUCCCGGAGUGACUAAUCGCGUGGAUGUUUUUAUUUCUGCGAAGUGAUAAAAUGUGCGUUUUGCGUCCUCUGCUCCAGGAUAUUUGACCAUUUUAGUGCUUGAUAGUCGUUUUUUUGCGUAGUUACUCCACCUCAAAUCCGAUAGAAUGGAACAUAAUCAGGGAAAAGUAACGGAAGUCAGUGUCGGUAAUCAUGAUCUAGCCAAGACUCCGCUGCGGGCGCUGAGCGAUCGUUCGCGGGAGCUGCUGGCAGGAUUGCUCAAUCACCGCCGUAUAUUCGCCUCGGAAGAGGGUUAUUUUCGAGAUUGGCGCGGUGCAUUCGAUGUGAUUGGCAUCCCGAAGCGGUUUCAUGCGCUAGUGGAAAAUAACGCCAGUCCCACGAAGUGUCUGCUGGACUUAUGGGACCAGGAAUCCGCUAACUGUAAGCGUCCAGCCAGUUUGGCCCAGCUGCAGGAAGUACUCGGUUGCAUCGAUCGAUGGGAUGUCGUCGAUGACACGUCGAAAUCGUUUGAGGAAGACGCAGUGAAAUUUCUAUUGAAGCAACAGAGCAGCAACCGGGUCGAGAUGAAACAGACGACGGGUGACGAUUUGGAGGAUAUGGACAUCAUCACCAGAGACGAUACUCACGAGCAUAAACAGCAAUACGAUGCGUUCAUCCUGUAUGCUGAUCAGGAUAUUGAGUUUGCUUCAAAGAUGGUCGCAAAACUCGAAAAACGGGGAAUGCGCCUGUGCCUGAGAGACCGAGACAUUCUGGCCGGUGGUAACUGUGAGCACGCAGUUCUGAUUCGUCUCAUAACGGAACGUUGCCGGCGGUUGGUUGUGCUCAUCUCGCAAGCGUUUCUGGAGAGUCCAUUGUACACGUUCACCGUUACGUUUGCCCACGCUCUGCAGAUCGAGAAGCGGCAGCGUAAGGUGAUUCCCUGUGUGAUCGAGAAAUGCGAAGUGCCACAGCACUUGAAGUUCACUUUUAUGCUGGAUUACCUACGCCAGCGGGAACUGUUCAACUUCUGGGACAAGCUGACGGAUUCAGUGAGAGAUCCGGCCAAAAUUCAAGCCAAGCCGGAAAGUGUUUCAGGGGAGCUUAAAGAAGCAAAAGUUGCACCAAGCAUGAUCGUAGAACCAGAACCGAUAAAACUACCCCCAGUCGCGGUAAAACAAUCACCAGUUCCCGAAAAACAAUCUAAACACCAAUUGACUCCCCCUGCUCUGACUGUCCAAAUUCCCUCCGUACCCGAGCUGGCAAAGAAAUCGCACUCGUUUUGGGGUCGCCUGUCAUCUCCAUUCCAUUUGACAAAGGGUAAACUGAGCCGUAGUACCUCGCAGCUCAUGGUCAAUGGCUCGAACUCGAUGUCAUUAGCAAGAGAUUGCGAAAACGAAGAGCAACCGCUAUCGAGCUUAUCGAUUAGGUCCGCUUCUUCGCUAGCACUGGCCGAGCCAAACCAAAAGGUGGCGAAAAAAUCGAAAAGAAAGUGGUACAAAUCUUUCGGUCAAAAGAUUGCCACCACAGCGUGAUGCGUCCCGCGUGAUACAGGGAGUCACCCCAAGCAUUCCUUUAGGCGAACUAUCGUGAUACUGUUUUGCGAUCCGCUCAAAUCAUCGUGCCUUACUUAAUGUGCAAUUUUAUGUCCGCCUGCCAUUUGGUGGCAGCAGAGCGGGGCAAGGCUGGAAGCCGCAACGUGACGCAUUUGCACACAUAAUAUUUUGUAAAAUGGUUUUUUUUCAAAUGAUUUUAAGCUGUUAA